AUGCCCGGCUUUCUCAAAGUGUUUGGAUACCCCGACCCAAGCGCUCCAGGUAGCUUUGGGAUUGGCGUAAGUUUUCUCACCGCUUCAUCCCUCUGUCUGGCUCCCUCUUUGGGGACUCUUCCACUGACAAGGCAACAAGCACACCUUCCAACAACUCCUUUUCUCCUUCUUGACCCUUGGCUCUCUUCUCUCCACACAUUUCGCCGGUCCCUUCUCCCACCUCUACGGGCGUCGUCCUGCGCUCCUCUUCGCGUGUUUCCUCACUGCCUUCGGUACCGCUAUCCAAAUUGGCGCCUCUUCAGCGGCGGCUUUGUAUGUGGGUCGAAUGAUCCUCGGUAUCGAAAACGAGUUCCUCGUGACGUUUUCCAACAUUCUUGCGCGGAAGUAGCGCCGCCUCAUCUGAGAGCUGUCAUGGUUGCGCUUUUUCCGGAAUGGGUCUGCGUGGGAAGUGUGCUGGGCGCGGCGGUGACGAAUGCGACUAAGGGGUGGCUGGGAAAGGCCAGUUGGAGGGUUCCGUUGGGCAUGCUGUUUGUUGUUCCUGUGAUGUUGUCGGCCGGUGUGUGGUGGGUGGUGCCGGAGAGUCCGAGGUGGGAGGUUAGUCGAGGACGGCACCAGGAGGGAAGGAUGGCGUUGGAGCGCGUGAGGGCCGUAAGAGAGGACGACAAAGAAGGGCAGCAAAGGUUGGAGGUGGAGUGGGUGGAGAUGGUCAAAGGGAUCGAAGAGGAGAAGAGGCUGGCGAGUACGGUUGGGCCGUUGGACAUGUUCCGCGGUAGUGAUUUGCGCCGAACGCUGUUGUGUUUUGGGGUGAUUGCAACCCAGGCUGGUAGCGGCAGUUGGUUCUAUAUCAGCUACUCGACAUAUUUCAUGAUUGUGUCGGGACUGCCGGUGGACCUGUCUUUCAGGUACAACAUCAUGAAGACGUCGAUGGUGCAGGGCAUGUUCAUGUUGGGCAUGGCCAUCUCGGCGACGACGACGGAGGCGGGGACGAGGAGGGCGAGGGGUAGUCUGAUGGCGUGCAGUGCCUUGUUCUUCUUUUGCUGUCUCCCGGAGCUGAAGGGUCGGGCGCUGGAAGAGAUUGACGAGUUGUUUGAGCGAAGAGUUCCGGCGUGGAAGUUCAAGUCGGCAGAGACGUCGAUUGUCAGCGACGCCAUCGAGGAGGUUCGAAGACGGAGGGGUGAGGUCGGGGAGGACGGCGGCAAGGCAGCGACGGUCGAGAUUGUCGAGGAGCGUGAGAAGGAGGUGUGA